AUGGUAACGCGCUAUAGCCUUUUAGGAGAAUCAGCUCGCCUAGUUGACAAGGAGUCUGCUCGUCAAUUUGACGGGUUGAUUACUGUCACAGCUAUAGCGCGUUACCAUCGAGGGAGCCCUACCAUUCCCAGUGGAUCCUUCUUCUUCCUAAGAAUUGAACAAAACAAGUUCACCUAUACGAGAGUUCAGGUCAAGAGAAGGUCGACUAUAACUAGUUGUAGACGCUUCAGAGGCUAUACCCCCAUCUACAUCAUCGCACGACGAAAACUAGGACUACAGACCAAUCCCCGAUCGGAAAACGAACAUGUUCUAUGCCCCGUCCACUCCUUGAGAAGGACAGGCAGCCCAGACUACAUAAUGGACUUGGUGGCCCGAUUGCAACCUCAUGGUACUAAGCCCGAGCCCUGGCCGAUCCAAUUAGCGGAAAUCUCAGUGCUAGACCCCGAAAGGAUUCUGAUCAUAGUUGUUCAGCGCGUCAAGUUGACACUAUAG